AUGCAAGAUAAUUACGUAUGUGAAGAAACUGGCUGCGGUAAGUGGUUCUCCCGCUCUGACCAUCUAGCGCGUCACAAAACUACGAUCCAUUCUCCAAAAGUCUUCUUCUCUUGCCAUUGGCCAGGUUGCGUCAAAAAAUUUGUAAGGAAAGACGUCCGAGAUAAACACGAAGGAAGGCACCGUGUAAGGGAAGAACGGCGCCGAAACUCCAGAAAAAUAGGUGCUAAACAUGAAGAAUUGUCCGAGAAUUACAAUAUAGAAGCUCAAACGAGUUUGGGGGGCAUGGUCAUACCCAACGCCUUGGAUCCUUCUUCCCCCACAUUUUUCAAGCAGAGUGGCCACAACGUCCGUAGCCUGGCCGAGGAGACGGCGGAGCUCUCUACAGUUGAUGGAACGAUUUCGGGACAAAUAGACUUUGCGUUAAAGCCUCCAGAUUUAACGCAGUGGCUCUUCAACGAUGAAUCGUUUCUUCUUCAAAGUGGCAAUUCUAGUCCAACCAAUACCUACCUUGCAGCUCUUGACUCCCAAACUGAAAAAAUGUUGGAAGAUGCGUUUUGCAUAUCACCAAACUUCCCAAAUCCUAACUCACAGGUCAGCGUUGACGACCUCGUUGUUGAGAAAAUGAUUUCAUACGUUCCAGCCUUGGCUCAACUCGGAUUCAGCUCCGCCAAAGCAGAGAGAACAUUAUCUAUUUACUGGGACUUCUUUCAUGUCCAGUUCCCUAUUCUACAUAAGCCCUCCUUCAACACCUCAGCCGCACAUCCGUUACUCCUCUUGAGCAUGGUCAUGAUCGGCGCUGCGAUGUCCCCAUACUCCGAAAACGAUGAAUGGCCAGUCCUAGGAGAUUCCCGGCAACUCUUAGAGACAAUUGCGUUUCCCCUUCGAUGGCUCAUUAGCUCCUCCGAUGAGUUUUGCUCGCCAGCAAAGCCAUGGAUUCUUCAAAGUUUAAUAAUCCUUGAAACUUGCGAGAUUUUGUUUUCCAAUAGAAGGCUACACGAGCGUGCUUACUUACAUCAUGGUGUCAAAAUGCAGCUUUUGCGUAGAAGCCCUCUACUUGGAGGUGAUCCCUUAAAUCGAACUAACGAUGAUAUCGAACUCACAGAGGAGAAAGACGCAUGGAAGAGGUGGAUAGAAGUGGAAUCUCUUAAUCGGGUUGCAUUGGUCUCAUUUUAUUUGGAUACAGUGAACGCUACAAUAUUUGGGCAUCAAAUAGUACUCUUUGCCCAUCAGAUCAAACUACUGAUGCCUUGUGACGAUGUGCUCUGGGAGAUGUCAAGCAUCGACAAGAAUAACCCUCCUCCUCAAGCCGAAACGCCCAAGUUCAUCACUGCUCUCACAAAGCUCUUGCAUCAAGAAAAAUUAGAGGUAGGAGCAUUGGGAAAGAAAAUACUACUAGCAGGUCUACUCAGUAUCAAGUUUCAAAUGGAGCUUAAGGAUCUUGAAGUUACUUUUCUUGACUGGAAGUCUGUAAAAGAAUCCUGGAAAGAUACCAUUUACCGAGCGAUAGAAGUUUGGCGUGACGAUAUUUGUCAAGAAGACUGUUGCGAUUCACGAAAUGCAUACUACUUGCCAGUUCAACCAGAUGCAGAUGUGCCUAGUCCAUUCCUGUCCUCCAAUACUGGAUGCAAAUAUCCAGCUUAUCAUAUCUGUCAGACGUUCAUGGGAAUUAAGCAGUACGACUGUAUCAUAUACGUCGGAGCUUCCAACCGAAUGAAUGUGAAGACAACAGAGAAGGAUUACCAAGUUGUCAAAGAGCGUAUUCAGGCAUGGGCAAAUUCUUUGAAGGGUAGGAUAUCUGUAUUACAUUGUUAUAUGUUCUUGCAUGAGCUACUUUUCAACGGGAAUGAGAAAUUGUUGUACGAUCCUGCUACUGACCCUAUUUUUCAUCGUCCCAACGUCGUAGCUUCGUCCUUAUUCGUCAUCUGGUCUUAUAACUAUUGCCUUUUUGGACCUGAAUCUGAAAUAAGUAUUGGAUCCCAUGCUCCAGAUAAUGUUGUCAAGAUACGAGAAGAUGGUUAUGCAUACAUAAAACGGAUAUGCUCCCAUUUGCGUGACAUCACACCGGAAGGCAUUUUAUCGAACCGGUUUCUUGAUCUUUAUGCGGAAGCACUCGAGAGUUUGACAAACACUCAUUGCAUGGCGGGCUUAAUAGCACUUUUCAAGGAUCGGUUCAAAUAUUGCCAGUCGGAGGUAUGUCGAGAAUACGCGGGACUACUUGAAAAUUGUAUGGCCCGCAGUAUGGGGCAACCUAGAAAGAAAUAUGGUAUUUAG